GUAGAGACGGUAUGGUACAUUGUCACAGCCUGACAGCCCAGCAUUAGUGACAAUUGCGACUCUACACCCAAACCCUGCUUCAACCAAAACGCUGCGGAGCAAAAAGUGGAAUCACUCUUGCUGAGACAGCUGCGGGCUUUUGAAGUGUCAAAAAGAAGAAAAGAACGCUGGUAUUGAAGCUUUGAAAAGGAACGCUCCUGUGACGACAGUUUGUGCGGGCGAGGAAAGGGAACCUCUGGUUCUUCGCCGAGUUAUCCGUCGUCACCCUCUGUGGGACGUCCGAAGCGGACCAACACAGUGGUGGGAGGACAUCAUCGCCGAACUUCUGAAAGCCUUGGGAUAGCUCGAGAUCUCCUUUUUCGGCGACACCACGAACCUGGAGUUGGCUGUUUCGGCCGAAAGCAACCAGUCGUCAUGAUGUCGAAGUUAAAAGUGGCCGCCGUUCUCCUAUUGUGGACAUUGACGGGACCCUGCAUUGCAGGCCCGCUGGGAGAUGCCACUGCGAGUCGACGCCACGGGCUUCGCACAAACGUCGGAAGUGGCUUGCAAUUCGGCCGUACGCUAAGGUCGGGAUCGCUGGACGAAAAACCUCACGUGGUGCACCCAGUGUCAAAAGAUCCUACGGCGAAUAUACCUGAAAAGGCGCAAGUCAUCAAUACACCGAAUAAAGGUUCCUUAGGAGACCCUCCAUCGAGAUACCAACUGCCGCAAACUGUCAGCUCACCAAAACCCCCGGAACAAAACGAUCCCAAGCCCCAGGUGGUGAACUUGAGUCACGAGCAAGUCGACAACUUGGCCGAGAAACCUCAGGUCCUUUUUGGCUCGGAGAGAGAUCCUACGCACAACACGGAUGAAAAGACCCAAGUCGUCAAUCCUCAGAACGAGCCGGUGAAGAAUCUCGGCGAGAAGCCGCAAGUGGUGAAUCCCGAUGUGGACCCCGUAGGAAACUACAAGGAAAAACCGAACACUCUCAAAGCGACGUAUCCCGACGUGGCGAGGAGCAUAGACCGAAGGAUAGGCUCGCCCACAAAAGACACGUCGACAAAGAUUCAGGAAAGGCCACAGGUGCCACCGAGAGUGCCCCUUCCAGCAAGGCCGUACGGCGAGCGUGAUCCCGUUCCUCAAAUUCCAGUGCCACCAUCGCAGAGCACUACCAGCAACGUACAUCGCCCGCCUUACGGAGGCAAUAAACCGGACAAUCCUGGACCACCGAGAUGGCCAGCAUACCCACGACCACCCUUUGGAUAUGGAGUGCCCGUCGGAAAUAUACAAGUGCCCACCACCCCAAAACCACCAAGCUGCUUCUACAAGUCGGAGCGGUACGAGCACGGCGACUCGGUGGAAACCCCGGAGCCGUGUCUGAACUGCACCUGCCAGAAGGGCGUCCUGGUCUGCUACCUGCGCGUGUGCCCGACAAUUGGCACGCCGGCGCCCGGAUGCUUCACGGCUAGGGAGGCCGGACAGUGCUGCCCCAGCGUCUUCUGCAGUGGUGAUAAGAAGUCCGAAACCACAACAACUCCUCCACCUCCGACCGACGACGACUAUUAUGACUACCCGGCGACCAUAGACUACGACACCGACACUACCACAACCACGACUACCACCACUACAACCAGGAGGCCCUUCACAACUCCUACUCGCAGAUACAGCUUCGCUCCCAGGCCCUUCAACCGGCCGUACGCCAGCGGCAUCGAUGAAGUCGAACUGUCUGCAAGGACACCCAGCGUCAUUGUAGAGCAUACCGAACAGAGUACGACCGCGGAGGUAGACGUCACGACCGUCACAACCGACCUGCCUUCGACGACGACCACCACCACCGAAGCGGCAACUCAGAUUUCGUCCGAGGCCACGACCGCUCGACGCCCGGUCACGACAUUCACCCCGACCACAACGACGCAGCAGCAGUCGGCCGCCUCAACCACUCCCGAAGACGUCGUCGUGACCGUGACGGCAAUGAGCAUCACUCCGACGGCGACUACGUCACUUCCGGUGGGAACUACGAUGGCCUCCGUCGACCUUUCGGGAAGUGACCACCGUGACAAGGUCGGGGUGACGACACCGUCCGACUCAUCGGCCAACAGAGCGAACUCCGUGCAAAGACCCGCGCAUACGGAAUCAAGCACUCCAACUACGAGGGCGCCUUCCACCACUGCGACCGCUACGGAGCUAGAGGCAAGGACACCGGCAAAGCCCUUCGGCGAAGGUUUCCAUACAACCAAGGGGCCUGACGUCAUUGAAGGGGGGCCGAAAGUAGUUGUAGCCGCUACCACUACCACGACGACCACUGGGGGCAGUACUACAGUCGCUUCCUCGACAGCAUCGCCUUUCGACAGCAACGAAGCCUUGGCGGAUGCCGGGUACGUCGCCGGUACGGCGUCUCCGAACGAGGUCGAGGCGCCUGUGAGGAAGCCUCUGACCGACGACGAGCCCGUAAACAGCGUCGAGGACGCUUUGCAAGGUGGCGGCAGGGACAGCAUCAUGUUCGUGUCCUCCACGCCAAUGCCGUUCGAGUUGCAUCACAGCUUUGAUUUGCAGGACCUCAACACCGUCUCCGGAGCGUGCCUGGACGAAGCCUCGCUGUACGCCGAGGGGUCGGCCAUGCUUUCCUCCAACUUUUGCAAUUACUGCUACUGCAUUCGCGGCUUAAAGCGUUGCGUCCAGCCUAAGUGCCACCUGGCGGUGGAGGACUGCGAGCCGCAGUUCACCAGCCAGUACGACUGUUGCCCCGCCAGCUAUGCCUGCACUCAAGGGCCGAACGCAACCACGCCGUUGCCACCACCCUCGACGUCGUCGGCCCCAACUACUGCAAGCACUACCACCACCAGCACCACCACAACAACAACGACGUCAACCACGACGACAACGACGGAGGGCCCGGUCGUCAUUCCCAUUCAGGGCUGCUGGAAGAAGGGCAAGCUGUAUCGGGUAGGUGAGUCAAUACCUGGCACGAAGGACUGCGAGACCUGCUUCUGUUCACCACGUGGACCACUGUGUCAACGAAUAGAGUGUCCACCUGUUGCAUUGGACUGUGAACCCGUCAUCCCACAGGGACACUGCUGUCCUACUGAAUAUAUAUGCAAUAAGACACAAGUGCGCAAAGAUAUUGACUACCAGGUAGAUGGAGCUGACAAAAGCAUCAACCAUCCCCAAGCUUCGUCAAAUGAUGGUCAUAUGGACAGCCAGCUCUUGCCAAGAAAGUCGGAUGACACACUGGAUUACAAUUCAGUGCCCCAACCUGCGUAUAGGCCGCCCACAACGCAAGAGACCCCUCUGUUUGAAAGUGAAGUUGAAACAGACAAGACCACUGCAGCCUCGCAUAUGGAGCUGCCUAGUCACACUACCACCGUAAUGCCAGUUACGAGGUUUGCUCCAACACCAAUAACGAGAGAAAGACAACCUGUUUUCCUAGCCACUAACAAUGAUAAACAGAGCAUUAGCACCCGACCACCAUUCGAGUCUUCAUUCGCCAAAUCCAAUGACUGA